AUGACCAAUUCACUUGAUAUUCUCACUAUCAACACCAUUCGUACUCUUGCUGCUGAUGUCGUGCGUAAAGCCAACUCAGGACAUCCAGAUCGUUUCGUAUUGUCCAAUGGACACGCGUGUGCAUUGCAAUACAUUUUACUUCACAUACUCGGAUACGAUCUCACCAUGGAUGACUUGAAACAAUUUCGUCAAACUGAUAGCAAAACUCCGGGGCAUCCGGAGUCUCAUCUCACACCGGGUAUAGAAGUAUCUACAGGUCCUCUUGGCCAAGCUGAUGGUGAUAAUGAUUUAGAUGGGAUUGCCGCUGCUAUUGAAAAAGCCAAGAAGGUAACAGACAAACCAUCCAUCAUAAAAGUCAAGACAAUUAUUGGUAUUGGGUCCAAACACCAAGGUAGCGAAAAGGUUCAUGGUAGUCCCUUGGCUCCGGAUGAUAUUGUUGAAGUCAAGAAAAAAUAUGGCUUCAAUCCUGAACAAUUCUUCCACGUACCGAAUGAGGUUUACGAAUACUGUAAACAUUUUCGUGAAAGAGGAGCUAAAGCAGAAGCAGAAUGGAAACAACUUUUGGAAAAGUAUUGUAUAGAAUAUCCUGAAUUGGGUAGUGAAAUAAAACGUAGGUUCUCCAAUAAAUUACCAGACAAUUGGACUGAUCAUUUACCUCGCUACACCCCCUCCGAUCCUCCCGUUGCCACUAGAAAAUCAUCAGAGACAGUCUUGAAUAAAAUUGCUGAUGUGCUUCCAGAGCUCUUUGGUGGCUCUGCAGAUCUAACACCUUCUAAUUUAACACGAUGGAAAACUGCUAUUGAAUUUCAACCAGAGUCUGGGGGAUUGGGUACAUAUAGUGGACGGUAUGUAAGAUUUGGGGUUCGUGAACAUGGCAUGGCUGCUACUCUGAAUGGCCUUGCUUCCUAUGGAGGUAUAAUUCCAUUUGGAGCAUCAUUCUUGAACUUUAUUAGCUAUGGUUUGGGUGCUGUUCGUCUAUCGGCGCUUUCGUGUUUUCGCGCAAUUUAUAUAAUGACUCAUGAUUCCAUCGGUUUAGGGGAAGAUGGGCCAACUCAUCAACCCAUUGAAACCGCAGCUAGUCUCCGUGCAUUGCCAAACAUUCUAUUUUUUAGACCUGCUGAUGGAAAUGAGGUUUCUGGUGUAUAUGCUGCUGCGAUCCAGAACACUGAACGCCCUUCAGUGAUUGCUCUUUCACGUCAAAAUGUCCCUAAUUUAGAAGGUUCUUCAGUUGAAAAGACACUCAAAGGAGGAUAUGUAUUGAAAGAAGCUGAUGGAGCGCAAAUCAUCUUAGUGGGAACUGGUACAGAAGUUUCAAUCGCUGUUGAUGCAGCCAAUUUAUUAGAAAAAGACUGUAUUAAGGCGCGUGUUGUGUCUCUACCAUCCUUUGAACUUUUUGAAGAACAAAGUUUGGAGUAUCGAUUGUCUGUCUUCCCCGAUGGCAUCCCUGUUUUAAGUAUUGAGGCACUUUCUAUUUUCGGUUGGUCUAAGUAUGCACAUGCAAAUUUAGGAAUGAGAUCUUUUGGCUCUUCCGGUCCUUACAAAGAAUUGUAUAAAAAAUAUGGAUUUACUCCUGAGAAUACUGCGGCUAAGGCCAAGGAGGUCAAAUCGUGA